AUGGUUCUCCCACCGCUGAGGGCGCAUGCCCGCGCUUCGUUGCGCAUCUCUAGACAUACCUCACAAUACAUCCGCUCAUUAUCAUCAACCGCAGCCUUCCGGGCCUCGCAAAAUGACGAACCCAAGCUCAACAGGGUCUCCGCCGGGAUUACCCAACCAAAGUCCCAGGGAGCUUCACAAGCUAUGUUAUACGCAACGGGCAUGACGGAGGAGGGUCGAAACAAAGCGCAGGUGGGAAUCUCUUCGGUGUGGUAUACUGGAAAUCCGUGCAACAUGCAUCUUUUGGACCUCAACCACCGCGUCAAGGAGGGCGUGGAAAAAGCGGGUCUGAUUGGAUAUCAAUUCAAUACUAUUGGUGUAUCCGACGGAAUCUCAAUGGGCACGAAGGGCAUGCGAUACAGUCUCCAAUCUCGAGAUCUGAUUGCUGAUAGCAUCGAGACCGUGAUGGGCGGUCAAUGGUACGAUGCAAACAUCUCUAUUCCGGGCUGUGACAAGAACAUGCCCGGCGUGAUGAUGGCCAUGGGAAGAGUCAACAGGCCCUCGCUUAUGGUUUACGGCGGAAGCAUCCGCCCUGGCUGCUCCGUGACCCAGGGCAACGCGGAUAUCGAUAUCGUCUCGGCUUUCCAAGCUUAUGGUCAGUAUAUCACGGGAGAAAUUUCCGAGGAGACUCGUUUUGAUGUCAUUCGUCAUGCCUGCCCUGGCGAAGGCGCCUGUGGAGGUAUGUAUACCGCCAAUACGAUGGCAACGGCGAUCGAGGUGAUGGGCAUGUCCCUUCCUGGUUCGUCGUCGAAUCCCGCCGAGUCGCAAGCCAAAUACCUCGAGUGUCUUGCAGCAGGUGGAGCGAUCAAGAAUCUCCUGAAGGAAAACAUCUGCCCCAGGGAUAUCAUGACCCGCCAAGCCUUUGAGAACGCCAUGAGAGUGGUGACCAUCACGGGAGGUUCCACCAACGCAGUGCUUCACUUAAUCGCUAUCGCCGACAGCGUCGGCCUGAAGCUCACCAUCGAUGACUUCCAAGCCGUCUCUGACCGCACGCCCCUCCUCGCUGACCUGAAGCCAUCUGGCAAGUACGUGAUGGCCGACCUAUACAAUAUCGGCGGGACACCGUCGCUCCUGAAAUUCCUCCUCAGGGAGGGAGUAAUUGACGGCUCAGGCAUGACCGUCACAGGCCAAACUCUAGCCAAGAAUCUCGAAAAUGUGCCCGAUUUCCCCGCAGACCAACCCAUCAUCCGCCCAAUGUCAAACCCUCUCAAACCCACUGGUCACAUCCAGAUCCUCCGCGGCUCCCUCGCCCCAGGUGGAAGCGUAGGAAAGAUUACCGGCAAAGAAGGUCUCCGUUUCGAAGGCAAAGCUAAAUGCUACGAUGAUGAAGACGAUUUCAUCGUUGCUCUUGAGAAUGGAGCUAUCAAGAAAGGUGAGAAAACCGUUGUGGUGAUCCGGUAUGAAGGUCCAAAGGGCGGACCUGGUAUGCCUGAGAUGUUGAAACCUAGCUCUGCCAUCAUGGGCGCCGGUCUAGGUCAAGACGUCGCGCUUAUCACCGACGGACGCUUCAGUGGUGGAAGCCACGGUUUCCUUAUUGGACACAUUGUUCCUGAGGCUCAGGACGGUGGCCCCAUUGGACUUGUGAGGGACGGCGAUUCAGUUGUUAUUGAUGCGGAAAACAGAGUUUUGGAUUUGCUCGUUGACGAAAGCGAGUUGGUGAAGAGGAGGAAGGAGUUUGUUCCCCACCCACUGAAGUACAAGAAGGGGACGCUAGCAAAAUAUGCUAGACUUGUGAGCAAUGCUAGUGAGGGAUGUAUCACGGAUGGCCCAGUUGUGCUUGAGAGCCAGUCGUCUUAA